AACUUACUUUCUCAUCACAAUUUUCUUGAAAUCAAGAAUAGAAACAAGUGACAGAAGUAUAACAAAAUGAAGAAAUAUCUGGGCCAGAAAAUGCAACAUUCAUAGACUUGCCUCUCCUGUCUUUUCUCCAUAUCCCAAUUUAGUGUUGGUGUAACUGAGUUGACUGAGAUUUCUUUUGGUCAAUUUGCUUAUGGGCUUGAAGGGUAUAACGGAUAUCACCUAGUCCUUGAGAGGGGCUCUGUAUGAGGGAUAUUCAAGUGCAUGUGCAUGAGUGAAGAGAAGGGGCAACAUGAAGCAAGUGAUUUCAUCUUUCAGGUGUUUGUUUCUUCUUUGUGCAUUUUUAGUGCUUGACUUCAUGGUCAAGGUUUCUGGCAACCAAGAAGGUGAUGCCCUGUCUGCAUUGAGGGGCAAUAUGAAUGAUCCCAAUAAUGUUCUUCAAAGUUGGGAUUCUACCCUUGUCAAUCCUUGCACAUGGUUUCAUGUUACAUGCAAUAAUGACAAUAGCGUGAUCCGUGUUGAUCUUGGAAAUGCAAAUCUUUCGGGUGAGCUUGUUGCACAGCUUGGUCAACUCCCAAAUUUGCAAUACUUGGAACUUUAUAGUAAUAAUAUAACUGGGAAAAUCCCAAUUGAGCUUGGGGGUUUGACAAACUUGGUGAGCUUGGAUCUUUACUCGAACAAAAUUACUGGUCAAAUUCCAGUCGAAUUAGCCAACCUUAAAAAACUACGUUUCCUGCGUCUCAACAAUAACAGCUUGUCAGGAAAAAUUCCUAUGCCUCUGACCAAUGUCGAUAAACUGCAAGUGCUUGAUUUAUCGAACAACAACUUAACAGGAGAUGUCCCAACCAAUGGUUCUUUUUCAUAUUUUACUCCCAUCAGUUUUAGGAGUAACCCCCUAUUGAAUAAUAUAGACACUCAAUCUCCACCAGCUGCUGCACCACCAGCAAAUUCUUCAGGUUUGUUUGUAUCUGUUUUCUGCUUGGUAAUGAAUUUAAUUUUUUAAAGAAUAACCUGACAUAAAAAUAUAAGGUGAAAAAAUAUAACUCUUAAAAAUGCCCUCUGAAUUAUUUUGGUGGUAUUCACUUACGUUUCUUUAACAUGAUGCAUCCAUUCCAUUCCAACUUCAAAUAUUUCCAUCACCC